UAAAAAAUCAACUCAUACAAAGUUUAAAAUGCAUUCCCAAACCUGUAAAAAAAAUAAAUUUUCAGAUCUGACCGGACCCAACCUGAUUCCGAGCCAAAAAAUUCUGUCCAAAAUUAGGCCGGGCCAACAUACCGGACUAACUUUGAUCACCUCUACAGCAGUAGUACUCCGUAGUUAGAAUGUGUUUGCGGCAAAACAAACGACCUUUUUGUAUCUUCCCCCUUGUAUUGUGAAUAACAUGUCAAAAUCUGGACUCUCCAAACCAAAAUAUCCCACUGUUGUGCUACCUCUUCUCUUUCUUCACUCAUAAGACAUUAACAUUUGAUUUUAACUCCAAAUUCGUCCAACAUACUUUAACUCUAACUCAUCACUACUGACUACUGAAUAGCAGAGACAGAUACACUGCACAUUCUGAGAGAUACAGAGAAGCGGAGAAGGUAUGGCGGCUUUUUCUUCAAUGAAAGAGACCCCAUCACCAGGCAUAGAAAUUUCUGAGGAAUGGUCAGCUGCUGCAGACACCAUAGCGAAAAGUUUUACCAGAUCACUGCCUCCUACUGUCUUCAUCUGUGGCGCUAAGAACAGUGGCAAAACCACUUUCUCUCGUUACCUCCUCAACACUUUCCUCCCCAGAUACAAAAGUGUAGCAUAUCUAGAUACGGAUGUUGGACAGCCAGAGUUCACUCCUCCAGGAUGCCUAUCUCUUACUAUCAUUGAUGAAGAAACUCUAGACUUAACUAUCCCUUGUCUGAAGACACCUCAAAGAUGCUAUUUCUUUGGAGAUGUUUCUUCGAAAAGGGACCCAGAAACAUACUUGAAUUGUAUAUAUGCGUUGUAUGAUCACUAUAGAAAGGACCUAAGGAUUUCAUGUAAGAGUGGAAGCCCUGGUGCAGCUGAGCUACCCCUUAUCAUUAACACGCCUGGUUGGGUGAAAGGUCUUGGUUUUGAUAUACUGGUUGAUAUAUUGAAACACAUUGCUGCUACACAUGUGGUUAAGAUAAAUAUAUCUUCUGGAGAGAAGAAUCUACCUAGCGGCGCAUUUUGGCUUGAUGACCUUGAUGAAUGUUCCGUAAACUUGGUGGAGAUCACUCCUGCUCGCAAGGAUUCUUACAACCGAUCGGUGUUGGUACAGAAGAAAGCACGUCUUAUUAGAGAGCUACGACUGAUGGCUUACUUUAGGCAAUGCUUUCCGAGUAGUAUGAGUAUCACCACAAUCAAAGAACUUGCUCUUGCAUUAGCCUCUCUUACUCCUUACCAAGUCCCUAUAUCAAGUAUCAAAAUCAGGCAUCUUCAUUGUGAGGUACCAAACUCCGAAGUCUUCUACAGUUUGAAUGCAACAAUAGUCGGAUUGGCUGUUAGCUGUGAAGAUUCUCAAUCUUUGCCUGUCUGUGUUGGCCUUGGUAUCGUGAGAGGCAUUGAUACCUUGAAGAAUGUGAUCUAUUUGAUCACUCCUGUUCCACAGAGUAUCCUAGCAGGUGUAGAUCUUCUCUUACAAGGAUAUAUUCAGAUCCCUACUGGUUUGCUGCAGGUACAAGGUUGCAUGUCACCUUACAUGUCUGCAAAUGUCGUAACUGUUCAAGGAUUGUCACAGUAGAGUAGAUUUAAAGCUGAUUAAUUAGUACUAGUGUUAAGCACAUUAUGUGGCCGCGGGAAGAGGAAGCAUCUAUCCAAAAUUAGUUACAAGUAUAACUUAGUUACUGAAUACUAACAGAAUAUUGCGUGACAGCAGGAAGAGGAAGGAUCCAUACAUCAAUACGUGAAUUUAGCUGUAAUUUAUAUGGGCACAUAUUGUUUUUACAGUGGUGGUUUGAUGGACAAUAUCAUGGUAGUAUUUGAAUUAUAAUUGAUUCUGUCUGAUCCUCAA